AUGGAAAAACGUGGCUAUAAAAGAAAAUACCUAGAAAAUAUAGUUGAAGAGAGACUGAAGAAAAUUAGAAAUGAAUUGUUUGUGAUAGAUACUGCCAAUGAUUCAGAUGAUUCUGAUGCGAAAGAAGAUAAUGGAGAAAAAGUUGAAGAUAACUUCAAUGAUCAGCAUGAUGUAAUUGAUAGUGUUUCUGAAUUACUUGACUAUGAAGAUAGUAGCAUUAAUGAAAGUGACACUGACUAUACUGCAUGUGAUGAAGAUGCUGAUGAAGGUAGUGGUGAAACUGUUGAUAAUGAAGAAGCUGGUGAAAGAAUCAGUUCUACAUUAAAUGUUGUAGUAAAGAAAGAACCAACUGAAAUUACAGUUGUUCAAAGACCAAUUUUAGGUACAGGUGAACACAUGUACUGUCCAAUAGUUAUUACUGAUGAUGAUAUUGAUCUAAACAUAGAGGAACAUGGUUUAGAAAUGCUGCCUAUUCAAUACCAACCUCCUGAGGUAGUUAACCUUGAUUCUAGUGACGAUGAGGUGUCAGUCAUAUGUGUUGAACAUGAAUCUGAAGAAAGACCUAAAGUUCUGAAACCUGACCAGACUGAUGAAAAAAAUUGUAAAGUUGAUGACAAUCUUCAUGAUAAUGGAGAACAACAUUUGAACUGUCAAAAACCUUUUAGUUUAGAUGCAGAAGCAGUGAAUCAACAUCAAACCAUUGACAAUGAAAAUGGAAGCCAGCAAAACCAAAAAGACUAUACCAAAAAUGUUUCUGUUGAUAAAAUGAAAAAUACUUUUGAUAACUUGUAUAAAGAGUUGACAAUUCCACAGGCAUUGUCAGUAUUAAGUUGUGCAAGUAACAUGCAAGAUGAUGAUUUUGGACUGAUUGAAUCAGAAACUAUAGAAAAAACAAAGAAACUGCCACCACCUGAUUAUUUAGGAAUUGUCAAACGUAAAUUUGAUUCUAACAAGGGAUAUAAUGGUAAGAAUGGAGGGAAAGAACUUGACGCUCAAAGUAAAGACUGUCCAAAUGUUUUGGAUGAAGUACAGGUUUCCAAAAGGCCCAGGAAAUCCUCCUCUAGUCAGGUAGAUUCAAUAAAGGACAACAACAUAAACCUUAGUAUGUGUUAUGUAAAUCAAUAUAGCGAUGGAAUAGAAACUACAACAUUGCAUAAUGCAGGUGACAUAGAAGGUAAAUAUGGAUGUGUACGGAACAAUGAUGAUAUGAGACGAAAUGAUACAGAGUAUGCAUUGGAUGAAGAUGAAAAUAGACCAGGUACUCCUAGUUAUAUUUUGAAUGAAGAUAAUGAAGGACAAAGGAAGUCUAAUAGUUCUCUGACUGUAAAUGACAAAGGACAUGAUAAUACAGAUAGUGCUCAAAAGGAAGAUAAAUUAGAGCUAGAUAAGUCUGGAUAUGUUACAAAGAAAGACGGAAAAGAACAAGACAUAUCUGAAUGUGAACCAAAUGAAAAAGGAAAAGAACAAGAUAAAGCUGAAUGUGUAUCAAAAGAAAGUGACAAAGAACAUGAUGAAUCUGAAUGUGUACCAAAAAAAAGUGAUGAAGAACAUGAUGAUUCUGAAUGUGUACCAAAAGAAAGUGAUGAAGAACAUGAUGAUUCUGAAUGUGUACCAAAAGAAAGUGAUGAAGAACAUGAUGAUUCUGAAUGUGUACCAAAAGAAAGUGAUGAAGAACAUGAUGAAUCUGAAUGUGUACCAAAAGAAAUUAAAAAAGAACAAGAUAAAGCUGAAUGUGUUUCAAAUGAAAUAGGAAAUGAAUCUGAAUGUGAUUCUCAUGAAGAUAACAUUGUACAAAGUAAGCAUGAAUGUGCUCUGAUUGAAGGUGAUAAAGAACAGGAUAAUUAUGGAUGUGCUCUGAAUGAUGAUAUCGAAGUGAAAAAAGGAGUAUAUAGCAGUGAAGGAUCUAAACUUGUUUCUGAAAUCAAUAACUCACCACAAGAUUCACACAAUAUGAGUCCUGGUACAAAUAAGGAUAUUGAUCAUGUUACUAAUAUACUCAAUAAAGUAGAAGGUGAAACUUUCAAGUACCAGGAUGAGACCUACUUAGUCAUAAGUUCAUCUGAAAGUGAUAUUGAAGAAUUUAAUAAUUUCUCAGAUAGGAACAAAGUCAAGAAAUUGUACAAAACAGAUAAGAUCCAAGUGCUUAAUGGGUACCAAUUAGAAAGAAUGGAACCAUCAGUUAGUGAUCAAGAAAGUGACACUGUAUCUCAGAGUGGUAGCUCCUGCACAUCAAGUGAUGCAACUAUUGAUAAUUCAGUAAUAGAAAUAGGUGAAGAUUCCUGGUCAGAGUCUGAAGCUGAAGAAGAGUUUGGAUCUAGUCCCAGGGAAACUUGCAUGGCAACCAAGGAUACUCAUAUUGAAGAAGAUAUGACUUUAGACAAAAGUAAGGCAUUUUCUUACGAUAAUGGGGGUCAUUUAAAGAAGAAAAGGGAAAAUGAGACAUUGGAAAUCUCAAAAUUGGGUAAGUCAGACAAUGAAACUGCAGAUGUUGUAACUAAUGGUGACAAAAAGACACAGAAAAACAUCAAAAAGUCUUUUGAAAAUGUUUAUGAGCAAAACUACAAUCCAUGGAAGAAUGGGAAACAUGCUGACAAUAUUGAUGAUAGUGAAGAUAGGGCAUCAACUAAUUCAGAUAACAAUGAUAGUUAUCCAUUUCCUGAAAAUAAAAAUGUUGGAAUAUUUAAUGCUGGUAUAGAAGCUGAAGUCACAAAGACAAAGCCUCAAAAUUUUAAUAACAUAAAGAAAGGAUAUAAUGAGGAAAGAACAUGUAUCAAAACAAAAGAAAGUUUAUACAGGAACUACAGUGCUAGUACAAAAACUGAAUUAAGAACUAAGGACAUUUUAGAAGUAGCAAGUGAAGAUAUCCUGGAAGUUGACCCAUUUGAUGAAAUUGACAGAGCAUUUGAUAGUCCAUUUAAGAACCAAAAUAGUGAUAGUAACAAAGAUAAAACAACCACAAUCAGACUUCCUUCUGUCAGAAAUUUGAGGCCAGAUGAAAGGAUAAGAACCAGAUAUUCUAGCUCAUCGAGGUGUUACUCCCCUAUUAGGUACAACAAGACAAGAUCAAGAUCAUUGGAUGAACUAGAUGACUACAUUUACUCCAGAAGGUUUGAUGUUACUGAAUCAGAAGGCCACUGGUAUGAGAAAUAUAAACAAUAUGACAAGAGCAUUAAUAAUCUUUACAAUGUCAAUGAAGAACAAAGAAGACCUAGUGUAUGGGAAAGACUUAAUUCAGGUAGAAAUUAUACUUUAGCUGUAACAGUUCAGCCACUUGAGUCUGAGUCAAAAAAGAUGAGGACCGCUGAGGAUCAUAUUUCACCUGAAAUGACACCAGUUAAACGCAUAGUGGUUGUGAAACCUAAAGGUGUAAAUGAAAGUAAGAGAUAUGACAUGGAAAACAGGAAACUAGAUUCUGGAGAUUAUGAUGAUGUGCAGGCGCCUACAGAUUCAUUGCACCCUAUACCAGUUGUAAAGACGGUUAAGCAAAAAACUGUUCAAGAAGGAUUUUCAAAUAGAAAGAAAUCAUCAUCUCCAUCUUGCAUUGCUCCUUUAAAGGAAGUGCAGUUGUCAAACAGUAAUUUGGAGUUACCCAAGACAUUAUGGCCUGGCAAUCUGAACAAUAAUACUUACAGACAGAAAAGAAUAGAAAUUCAACAAAAUAAAACACAGACAUUUGAUUGGCUAAAUUUUGGAGAAGUGCCACUCAGGAAUUCAGAUGAUUUAUCAGAACCAACAGCAAAUCUGGCUCAGUCUCGUUCUGAAAUUUAUUCUUUCAGUCAUGAUCCUUUUGAGACAUCAACUGAUGUUGGUGAAAAGCAAAAAUAUGUUUCCAAAACUGAUGAACAGCCUGUGAUUCUUACUAGAGAGAGCCAUGAAGCAAUCAGAGAUUCAAACUUUGAUUCUGAAGAUGCUUGUUCAUCUGUAGAUGGUGAAUUUACACCUUGUAAAGUACCAUUGAAUAUGAAAAUUAAGUUGAGAAGGUUUUUAAGGUGUGAUGAGUGUGGCCAUGAGUGUAGGAGGAGGAAAUCUAUGGUGAGACAUUUUAAAAAUACAAUUCACAAAAGUGCCAGCCUCUAUGAGUUGAAUGAUGUGAAUGCCUUUGAAAAACAGGAGAAUUUUGUUGUCAAUAAGAUACGUCCUUUUGAUGAAUUAGUACACAUUUGUCCUUUACCAGGAUGUGAGUCUGUGUUUCUCUGUAGAGCAGAUUGUGUUUAUCAUUACCAGAGACAUCAUAUGAUGACGGACCAAGUUUAUUGUACUGCAAGCAUUCAGAAGGAAGAGCUAUGCCGUUUUAGAUGUUUUUAUUCCAUGUUGGAAUGUAAUGUCUGUGGGAAAAUGUUUGCAGACGGCAUAAACCUUGAUCAUCAUAGCCAGAAUAGCUUGCAUCAGUUGUUUCACAAGUAUGAAGGAACGUUUAGAAUUUUCGUCUGCCACGGUUGUCAUGAAUAUUUCACAAGCUUUAUUUCUGCUGUUGAUCAUAAAUGCAUGAAGAAAAAUCCCACCUACAUAGCACUGCGUCUGCUUCAUGUCUCUAAACAAAGCAAAGAAAUAUGGGUCAAAGUUGCCAAAAAGUGGACCAAAGUCAGUUGUAAGUCAGAUACAGUUUCUUGA